AUGCCCAAGUGGAGCCUGCGGCGGAGGCCGGGCCGCACACUCGGACUCCUGCUGCUGCUGGUCUUGAGCUUCCUGGUGCUCCGCAGGUAUCUGAAUCCCAAGGUGGGCAGCUGUGUCCGUGAGGGGGCUCUGAGGUUGAACUGGAGCACUCUGGUUCCUCUAUGGCUCCAACGUCAGCGCCUGGGACUUCGAACAAAAGGCACAAACUUCAUGUUGGAAGACUCCACCUUUCAGAUUCUGGGGGGAUCCAUACACUAUUUCCGUGUGCCCAGGGAAUACUGGAGGGACCGUCUGCUCAAAUUGAAAGCCUGUGGCUUAAAUACCCUCACCACCUAUGUGCCAUGGAACCUUCAUGAGCCAGAAAGAGGCAAAUUCGACUUCUCUGGGAACCUGGACCUAGAGACCUUUAUCCGGCUGGCUGCGAAGAUUGGGCUGUGGGUAAUUCUGCGACCAGGGCCCUACAUCUGCAGCGAGAUUGACCUUGGGGGCUUGCCCAGCUGGCUCCUCCAAGACCCUGACAUGAAACUGAGAACAACUUACCAUGGCUUCACUAAGGCAGUGGAUCUUUACUUUGACCACUUGAUGUCCAGGGUGGUGCCACUUCAGUAUAAGCAUGGGGGACCUAUCAUUGCGGUGCAAGUGGAGAAUGAAUAUGGUUCCUAUAACAAAGACCGUGAAUACAUGCCUUACAUCAAGAAGGCUUUGGAAGACCGUGGCAUCAUUGAGAUGCUCCUGACCUCAGACAACAAAGAUGGCCUAGAAAAGGGAGUCAUCGAUGGAGUGCUGGCCACCAUCAACUUACAGUCUCAACAGGAGCUGAUGGCACUGAACAGUGUUCUCUUAUCUAUACAGGGGAUUCAACCCAAGAUGGUGAUGGAGUACUGGACAGGGUGGUUUGAUUCAUGGGGUGGCGCCCACAAUAUCUUGGAUUCCUCUGAGGUCCUGCAAACAGUGUCUGCCAUCAUCAAAGACGGCUCCUCCAUCAACCUGUACAUGUUCCACGGAGGUACAAAUUUUGGCUUCAUAAAUGGAGCCAUGCAUUUUAAUGACUACAAGGCUGAUGUUACCAGCUAUGACUAUGAUGCUAUAUUGACAGAGGCUGGAGACUAUACUGCCAAAUAUACCAAGCUUCGAGAACUCUUUGAAACCUUCUCAGGUGUUCCUCCACCUCCUCCACCUGAGCUUACUGCUAAGAUGGUCUAUGAGCCAGUGAGUCCAUCUUUCUACCUAUCACUGUGGGAUGCUAUCCAGUACAUGGGUAAGCCAGUCACAUCUGAGAUACCCAUCAACAUGGAGAACCUGCCAGUAAACAAUGGUAAUGGGCAGGCCUUUGGGUAUGUUCUGUAUGAGACCACCAUCUUUUCAUCUGGUGUCCUUAGUGGCCUCGUGCGUGACAGAGGACAGGUCUUUUUGAAUAGAGUAUCCAUAGGAUUCCUGGACUAUAAAACAACGAAGAUCACUAUCCCCUUGACCCAGGGUUACACCAUACUGAGGAUCUUGGUGGAGAAUCGUGGGCGAGUCAACUACGGAAAUAAUAUUGACAGUCAGCGCAAAGGUUUAAUUGGAAAUCUCUAUCUGAAUAAUAAACCCCUGAAAAACUUCAAAAUCUACAGCCUGGAUAUGACAAAGCAGUUCCUUCAGAGGUUCGACAUGGACAAGUGGAGCAUCAUACCCAAAGAACUUACCUUUCCUGCUUUCUUCCUGGGUGCCUUGUCAGUUGGCAUUUACCCUUCUGACACAUUUCUGAAGCUGGAGGGCUGGGUGAAGGGGGUUGUAUUCGUCAAUGAUCACAACCUUGGACGCUACUGGAAUGUAGGACCUCAGGAGACUCUCUACCUCCCAGGUGUCUGGCUGGACAAAGGACUCAACAAGGUUAUCAUUUUCGAAGAGACGAUGUCAGGUUCCAUGGUACAGUCUACUGAUGUCCCCCACCUGGGCAGGAACCAGUAUGUUAACUGAACAGCAGCCCCAGCAGCCCCUGCUUCGGUUGACAGCUUCCUUCCUUCCUCUCCUUCAGGAGAAGUCAUCAUAACUAGCAGCCUCAGGGAAUGAAGGGCUAUAGUCAACUCAGGCCAAAAUCCUAAGCCUGAGGGGACUGAAGAGAAGAUGGGGUAGCACUGUCUGGAUACACUCACAGUGAGAUGUCUCCUCUUCUGGUUUUGUGGACAGGCACUUUCUGCUCCUCUGAUCUUUCAGGGGAGGCCAUAGGGCCGUCUCUGAGGGUGGAGUAUGUAGUCAUAUCACCUUCGAAGAAGGUGCUGAACCUGGGUGGAUACUGUCCUCUUCUGGAAGUGAAAGCUUCACUGGUCAGCAUGCUGGUUCUAGGUAGGCUUUUUGAACAUUCCCAGCAGGAUAUAGCCACAUCUUAGAUAGUCUCUUUGUGCUCCUGAAUCUGUGGGUUUGUCAUUGUUUGUAGAGCCAAGAGAAAAGGGGGUCUUACAUGA